GGUCACAUAAAAAAAAGCAAUAGGUUAACUGCCAAUAGUUCUCCUCUACAAGAACAAAAACAUCAUCUUGUAUGGCACUACCACAGACCGCUCAUUCGAAUAAUCUUGGAAAUAUACUCUAAAGCUUGUUUGUGACAGGCAGUUUUUUUUUUUUGGCCGGGUUAGUGGUAAGUAGAUAUUGGCUGGAUUGCCAACGUAUCAUGUAAGUAGGGGAGUUUGAGAACUUGACUGAAAGGUGAGAGCUAGCUUAGUCAUGGGGAGAAUACAUGGCGAAAGCGCAUCUGAAACCUACGUCCUGGAGAGAACUGGGAAUUGGGAUGGAUGACAACGUAAUUAAUAUAAUGACGACCAACGUAGUGGUGCCAUAUGUAUAUACUUCUGUUAGAUGUAAAGGGUCAUCACAACAAAAGCCCCAUCAACCUGUAUGCAUCGGCAAAUGGAAAUGUAUGCCUUGUUUUAUUGCGUUGAACUAACAAAGUUGCUUGUUUUUACUGGCAGUCUAGCACGCAGGAAUUGAUGGAUUCCCUUAAAAUCUCAGAGCAACCAGGCAUUCUUUCUGGCUCCUCUCUAACUAAGCUUCUCACGUCAUAAUGGUAAUAAAUAAUUUUUAAAAUCUCAUUGCAGUUUCCUCCAUCAAAUUUAUUGCAAGAAAACAAUGGGUUGUGGCCGGGGCAGAUGAUGGUAUCGUUUAUGUGUACAAAUGUGUCUCCGGAACACGCAUGCAAAAGAUCAAGAGUUUCCAUGCUGAUUUUCGUUACAUUAUCCCCCUAGCCGUUCAUCCAAUCCAGCCAUGUGUGCUGUCAUCGGGGAAGCUCUGGGACUGGAACAAGGGCUGGAAGUGCACACGAACAUUUGCCACUAGCAGCGUUAUAUUUCAGGUCAUGUUUAACCAAGAGGACACCAAUAGUUUUGCGGCCGCGUUGCAAGAUGGCACAAUAGAGGUUUGGAGCCUCGAUUCUCCUGUACGAAAUUAUACUCUGUCGGGGCAUUUGGACCAAGUGAACUGUCUUGACUUUUUCAGACGUGAUAAUCAUCAGUAUUUGAUCACUGGCUCUAAUGAUUGUACAGCCAAGAUAUGGGACUUGCAGGAAAUGGCCUGCAUUCAUACGGUCGAAGCUAUCAUGUCACCAGUUAUUUUUGCCAUUUCCCUUCCCGGUCGUCCAUAUCUGGUUACAGGUUCAAAACAUAGAACUGUCCAAGUCUGGAGCUCCACUGAUUUCAGGCUUGUGAGAACCGUUAACCUACAGGCUGGUGGACCUGUUCGUGGUCUUGUAUGUUUGAUGGAUUCAAGGAGGUACCUAUGCAUCCCUGUCCUUAUUUCCUUCUACUUUUUAACUGCCUAAGGUGUCUAUAUAUCCUUGUUCUCUCUUCUUUAACUUUUUGACUGCCUAAGGUACCUAUAUAUCCUUUUUUGUUCCCAUCUUACUUUUGGGUUUGGCUGCGUAAGAGCAAUGCUUCGCUGCAUGCUCUGUAGUUUGAUGAAAUUGUAGGCAGUAGAAAAUAAAUUAAACAAUAAUCAGUAACCAACCAUUUUGCCGACCAUUGUUCAAACAUACAUAUAGUUUGUUCGUUACCGCUAGCUCCUUUUAACAUUAUCCCCAUUUCCAAUGAUGUCAAAGUUUUAGAGCAUAAAUUUUUUUUAUCUUGCAGGGUUGCUAUUGGACAAAGCAAUUCAUUAUCGAUCAUGGAAAUCGACGAUGAAGAAGCAGUUGCUAGCGAGGGCAGCAAAUGAGAAUUCCAUUGUGUGCAAGGAAAUCCAUGAUCCCGUACCCUCAAAAAAAAAUCCAUGAUCCCUGUGCCAACAUGGCUGAUCGAUGAAUUCUUUCGAUUUGGUAUUAGUGGAUACACAUUUAUAUUGUUGACUCCGUUUUCUGCUAAUGCUCGGGCGUAGAAAAACUAUAUGAUGUACUCUAUCGUCUCCCAACUCUGAUUCCAACUUCUGAAGAUGAUUUGUUUCUGUCAUUAUAUUUAUAUGGAGGCCGACUAAUUCUCAUUAAUUCGGUGCUCACGAGUAUGCCAAUGUUUCUCUUGUCCUUUUUCGAGGUACCAGUUGGAGUUCGGAAAAGACUUGACUUCUAUCGAUCGCGCUUCUUCUGGCAGAGCGAUGAGUUAAAACGAAAGUACCGACUCGCUAAAUGGGAUAUUAUCAGUAGGCCAAAAGACCAAGGGGGUCUUGAUAUUGAAAAUUUAGAGGUGAAGAACAAAUAUCUUCUCAGCA